CGAAGAAGAAGAAAAGAAGAAGAAGAAGAAGAAAAGUAGGAAGCGUCGACCUUCUACCAGUUAGCAAGAAAUAGCAUCUUCUUGCCUUCAGCACCUAAGAAACUUCAUUUAUCUGACAAGUUCUUCAUUUAUGUGACAAGUUGUUGCCUUCAGCACGUGCUUCUUGAACGUUGCGUUAUGUGAAGAUGACCACCAUGUGGUCGCACAUUGGGAGGACAGCGCCUCUCUUCAGAGGCUCUGCGGGGGGCUGCAGGGGUCCAAGAGUCACUCAGGUGACUCGGGCCUGUAGUAGUCUGCUGAGUGACAGCAGGAAGGGGCUCGUCCUGUACUCCCAGUCCACAGACGUAUACGAGAACCUUUCCCUGGAGAACUGGAUAGAGGACAACGUGGACUUGGAGCAACGCAACAUCCUACUGCUGUGGCGCAGCAGGCCAGCCGUGGUCAUUGGGCGACACCAGAAUCCCUGGCAGGAGUGCAACCUGUCACUCAUGAGGCAUUCAGGAAUAGCUUUAGCCCGAAGACAUAGUGGUGGAGGCACGGUCUUCCAUGAUUUAGGAAACCUCAACUUGACCUUCUUUGCUUCCAAGAAGGCAUAUAACCGCCAGAGGAACCUGAAGGUCAUCACGGAGGCUCUGAAGUGUCUUCGACCUGGACUGGAGGUGGAAGCCACCAAAAGGUUUGACAUCUUUCUGAAGGAGCAGUACAAGAUCUCAGGAAGUGCAUCCAGAAUUGGCAGGAAGUCAUCAUACCACCACUGCACACUCCUGCAUUCAGCAGACCGGUCUGCCCUCUCCACCGUGUUGCGCUCUUCCUGCCAGGGUCUCCGCAGCAACGCCACGCCCAGUGUGCCCUCGCCUGUGGCCAACCUGCUGGACCUGGAGCCCAGCAUGCAGUGGGCAGAGCUGCUGGAUGCACUGGCCAAUCAGUACGGUGCAGAGUUUGCUGUCAGCUCUGCAAAGAAUCCCGUCACUCCUGCUGACGAGUCAGCGUUUCCAGGUGUCAGCAGGGUGGCCGCAGAACUACGAGGGUGGGACUGGAUAUUUGGCAAGACCCCAAAGUUCAGUGUCCAAACGCCACUGACACUGCGCGACAACACGUCCUCGGCCGAGUGCACGGCACACCUCUGCGUGGAGGUGAAGAGUGGUGUGAUUGCCAAGUGCCACUUGGACCUUCCUACUGACUGGCUUCCAGCUGGCCUCAGCAGCAAGGUCAGCAGAGUGCUGGAGGGAGAGCACUUUUGUCCACAACGCAUCACUGCCUCCUUUGCUGGGGUGUGGCGCUGGCAGAGCAGCAAACACUGUGACCGACUUCAAAGACUGUGUGACGCCAUCUUGGCUGCCAUGGGGGAACACAAACAUCAGGGAACAUCAGCUGUGCCACCAUCUCGCCCUCUUCACACACCGCUCACUUCUGACACUCAAGUCAACACUGUUGACAUCAUCGUCCAAGAAGCCUGAGGGGUCUCUGUUGCUGGGAUAGCACCUCACACAUCAUGGAAGGUCUCUGGACACAGUUCCUGGGAUAGCACCUCACACAUCAUGGAAGGUCUCUGGACACAUUUUCUGUGAUAGCACCUCACACAUCAUGGAAGGUCUCUGGACACAUUUUCUGUGAUAGCACCUCACACAUCAUGGAAGGUCUCUGGACACAGUUCCUGUGAUAGCACCUCACACAUCAUGGAAGGUCUCUGGACACAGUUCCUGUGAUAGCACCUCAGACAUCAUGGAAGGUCUCUGGACACAUUUUCUGUGAUAGCACCUCAGACAUCAUGGAAGGUCUCUGGACACAGUUCCUGUGAUAGCACCUCAGACAUCAUGGAAGGUCUCUGGACACAGUUCCUGGGAUAGCACUUCACACAUCAUGGAAGGUCUCUGGACACAGUUCCUGGGAUAACACCUCAGACAUCAUGGAAGGUCUCUGGACACAGUUCCUGUGAUAGCACCUCAGACAUCAUGGAAGGUCUCUGGACACAGUUCCUGUGAUAGCACCUCAGACAUGGAAGGUCUCUGGACACAGUUCCUGGGAUAGCACUUCACACAUCAUGGAAGGUCUCUGGACACAGUUCCUGGGAUAGCACCUCAGACAUCAUGGAAGGUCUCUGGACACAGUUCCUGGGAUAGCACCUCACACCUCAUGGAAGGUCUCUGGACACAGUUCCUGUGAUAGCACCUCAGACAUCAUGGAAGGUCUCUGGACACAGUUCCUGUGAUAGCACCUCAGACAUGGAAGGUCUCUGGACACAGUUCCUGGGAUAGCACUUCACACAUCAUGGAAGGUCUCUGGACACAGUUCCUGUGAUAGCACCUCAGACAUGGAAGGUCUCUGGACACAGUUUCUGUGAUAGCACCUCACACAUCAUGGAAGGUCUCUGGACACAGUUCCUGUGAUAGCACCUCAGACAUGGAAGGUCUCUGGACACAGUUCCUGGGAUAGCACUUCACACAUCAUGGAAGGUCUCUGGACACAGUUCCUGGGAUAGCACCUCAGACAUCAUGGAAGGUCUCUGGACACAGUUCCUGGGAUAGCACCUCAGACAUCAUGGAAGGUCUCUGGACACAGUUCCUGUGAUAGCACCUCAGACAUCAUGGAAGGUCUCUGGACACAGUUCCUGUGAUAGCACCUCAGACAUGGAAGGUCUCUGGACACAGUUCCUGGGAUAGCACUUCACACAUCAUGGAAGGUCUCUGGACACAGUUCCUGGGAUAGCACCUCAGACAUCAUGGAAGGUCUCUCGACACAGUUCCUGGGAUAGCACCUCACACCUCAUGGAAGGUCUCUGGACACAGUUCCUGUGAUAGCACCUCAGACAUCAUGGAAGGUCUCUGGACACAGUUCCUGGGAUAGCACCUCAGACAUGGAAGGUCUCUGGACACAGUUCCUGGGAUAGCACUUCACACAUCAUGGAAGGUCUCUGGACACAGUUCCUGGGAUAGCACCUCAGACAUCAUGGAAGGUCUCUGGACACAGUUCCUGGGAUAGCACCUCACACCUCAUGGAAGGUCUCUGGACACAGUUCCUGUGAUAGCACCUCAGACAUCAUGGAAGGUUUCUGGACACAGUUCCUGUGAUAGCACCUCAGACAUGGAAGGUCUCUGGACACAGUUCCUGUGAUAGCACCUCACACCUCAUGGAAGGUCUCUGGACACAGUUCCUGUAAUAGCACCUCAGACAUCAUGGAAGGUCUCUGGACACAGUUCCUGUGAUAGCACCUCAGACAUGGAAGGUCUCUGGACACAGUUUCUGUGAUAGCACCUCAGACAUCAUGGAAGGUCUCUGGACACAGUUCCUGUGAUAGCACCUCAGACAUCAUGGAAGAGGUCUCUGGACACAGUUCCUGUGAUAGCACCUCAGACAUCAUGGAAGAGGUCUCUGGACACAGUUUCCGUGACAUCACAGCCAAUCUGUAAAACACAAAAGACAGCAACAGUAAAACAAUCAAUUAUAUUUAUGUAGCACUUUUUCUCUCCUGCCAUAAAGCGGGUUACAUUGAGAAUGGUCUUGUACAUUACCUCUGGUGGUGGUCAGCCACACUUUCCCCAAUGGGAUGAAGGUGGAAGAAGUGCCUGGCCCAAGGACAUGACGGCAGUGACUCAGAUGUGGCAAGCUGGAUACGUACCAGGAACUCGCAAGUUUGGGACAGCCACUCUACCAUCUGAGCCACUCUGCCCCAAAUGGCAAAUAAGUUGUUGGGAAAUUGUCCGUUGUCAAGUCAAGGUGGUAAGCGUCAACAUUUCAAUUCCAAGCACAUCUGCUUUGUCCAAAGCAAUGAGCUAUUUGGAUUGACACUGUAUGAAAACACAUUGCAAAAGGAAUUUUACCUUUGCAAGCUCAUUAUACUAUUGGCUAAGUUUUAUAUUCAUAUAUGUAAGUUUCUCAAUACCCGACCUAUCUUUUGUGCCUUUAAAAAAGAAUUACAAUUCUACAUUAAAACACUCUUUACCUGUAACAAGCAAAAAGCUGUGAAAACUAUGAUGCUGUGUUCCACAUUGAAAUGAUUGACUGAGAUUGUGAGCCCAUGGCUUCACUUCCACUUCCGGCUCCUUCACGUCAUGAACUGUGUCACAAAAAAAUUGUUUCGAAUUUAAAGAGACACUGCGCAUGUGCAGUCUACGCAUAUGUCCAAUUCUUGAACCGGAAAUAGAAAAAUGACUUUUUCAAUCCCAUAUUCGAUUUUUAAAAAAAAUCAUUUCUGUUU